AUGAAAGCAGCAGCAGCCCCGCUGGUGAUCUUUUUCUUUCAUGUCUGCUCUUCAGCACCUGUGAGCCGUCCAACAAACUGGCUCAGACAAUGCCGUGCCUCUGUCAACCUCUCCAUCACAGCACUGGAGGUGCUGCCAGGUGGAGGAUGGGACAAUCUGCGAAACAUGGACAUGGGUCGAGUCAUGAACCUCAGCUACUUCCAGUGCCAGACUACUGAGGACGGGCUCUACCUCAUUCCAGAUGAAGUGUUUGUUAUCCCUCACAAAGAGACAGGUGUGGAGACCAGCUCAGAGAUAAUCAGGUCCUGGCUUGAGCAGAAAAGCUCGACCUCUGAAAGCAUUAAUGCAGACAUAUCCUUCCUCCCAGUUCUCAAUGGUAAAUUUUCUAGUGACAACAAGAGAAUGAAAACCCAUCAGGUCAGAGACCUGUCAACCACAGCCAGAGUGCAGGUUCGUAACUUCCUCUACACAGUUAAGGCUUAUCCAGACUUCACUCUGGACACACGAUUCGUUCAGCAAGUCAGAGACAUCGCUGAUGCAAUUGAAAACAACCAGACUAAGAAUGCGGACUAUCUUGCAGAGAUGAUGGUGCUGGACUAUGGAACUCAUGUCAUCACUAGUGUGGAUGCUGGGGCUGCUUUGGUGCAGGAGGACUAUCUCCGUUCCUCUUAUGUGUCAGACAGUGAGUCAGAAAGUUCUUCUGUGAAAGCACAGGCUGGAUUAAACUUCUUCGAUAAGCUGAAGUUUGACAUUAGCAGUCAAAGUGCCCAACAGAGCUCAUCACUUCAAACAUAUCAAUCCAACAUUACAUACUCUCUCAUUCAAAGCCAUGGAGGUGCACCUUUUUAUCCUGGCAUCACUCUGCAGAAGUGGCAGGAAAGUACCAGAAACAACCUUGUUGCCAUCGAUCGCUCAGGAUUUCCUCUCCACUAUUUUAUAAACACCAACACUCUCACUGAUCUGCCACACCCUACGAUUGGAAAAGUUGCUCUUAAAGUCAGUCAGGCUGUAGAGCGCUACUACAAGAUCAAUACUCGCCCCGGAUGUGUUGAUGUCAACUCCAAAAACUUCAACUUCCAGGCUAACAAGGAUGAUAAUUCCUGUGAAGGUCCAGCUACCAACCUCAGUUUUGGUGGUGUCUACCAAGAGUGUGUAAAACUCAGUUCAGAUGCAGAUGCACUUUGUGAUUCUCUGGCCCAGAAAAACCCAGAUACAGGUGAUUUCUCCUGUCGUCCACCUUACUCACCAACUUUACUAAGAUCAGAGGUGAGACAACAAAGUUACUCUAAGUAUGAAUGUCAUGUAGAAAGUCAUUCCUGUUGGUUUAUUUUUAACUGUGAUGAAACACGCUGUCAGGACAACAACUAUGUUCGUUCUGCUCGCAUCAACACCUACUGGUGCUCUGUAAAUGGACAGGCUCCAGAAAACUCAGGAUAUCUGUUUGGAGGAAUAUACAGCCCCUCGCUCCUGAACCCCCUCACGAAAAGCAAAAGCUGUCCCCCAAAUUUCAUUCCAGUAAAGUUCCUCUCAGAUGGUGAGGUGAUCUGUGUGAGUAAUGACUAUGAGACAGGUACCAGAUUCUCAGUACCAUUCGGAGGUCUCUUCAGCUGUCAGUCAACCAACCCACUGGCAAGGAAUCAACGCAGGUGCCCUCCCAAGUUCAGUCAGCACCUUGCUGCAAUCAGUGAUGGCUGUGAAAUCCUCUACUGUGUUCAGUCUGGACUGUUCACAGGUGGAGAGCUCCAACCAAUUCGUCUGCCUCCGUUCACAAAACCUCCACUUAUCAGCAUGCAAGCCACCAACACAGUAAUGGUGAUGACUGAAGGAGAAAACAGCUGGGUGAGAGUGGGCCAGACCAAGAAGUGGAAACUUGCCAAACCAGAAGAAAUCAAGGAAAUUGUUCGUGGCCUUAAUCCUGAAGUCAAUCAAAUGUCUAAUGGAGAAAAGGCAGGUGUAGCUUUUGGGGUGAUGGGUUUGAUGCUGAUUGUGGUCAUAGUGGGAGUGGUCCUAUUCAAGAGGAGGAGGAGGAUGUCAGGGUUCAGAUCUAGAGGUUAUGAGGAAAUACGUGUUGAAGUAGAGAGGGAUUCACAACAAGAUGAGGCCUGAGAACAGAAUAUAGCUUAGGGAAUGGCCACCAAGAUACAAACAUUAAACUGGUGCAAGGGAAUCUGACAUUUAUUUCUGUUCUUUGUUUGUCAUCUUACUUGUGCUUCCAACAUUUCUGGAAAAUGUUCACAUUGAAGAGUUUCUAUUUUAAUUCAGUCUUGUAUUACUGUAGUAUAGUAAACGUACAAACCUUACACUGUAAAACUGUAGAUCGGGAGUAGCAGUCUUACUCUGAAAUCACCAGAUGGACCCAUUAAACAGAAAGCAGAGGUAAUUUUCAGACUACAUUGUGGAUCAAUGCUGCUCUCUUGAGGCCAAGAAGCACAAUACUGUAUAUAUUUUAGUACAUAAACAUAAACCACAUGUAUGAAGUGCUUUUAGUAAACCACAUAUAAUCAAUACUGUAAGAAGAUUUAUAUAAUUUUUUAAAUGUAUACCAUAAGACAAAGAACACAUUUGUCUUUUGUCUAUUUUUUUGAAUACUUUGUAGAUAGUACUUUAGUUUCCUGCUAAAGAAUAAUGUGGUCAUAAGGUGGAAAUAAGAAGGUAAUACUGCAAAAAAUGUGUUAUUAUUACUUAAUUACCAAAGUAAUAUGCAACUAAUAACCAAGUAAUAUGUCUUAAAAAUGGCUAUACCUGAAUAAUAUUGAGCUGAAAUAUAUGUAAAAGACUAAGGGGCCAGAAUCUGGGACUAAUAAUGUGGAAGCAAAUGUUAGCUUAUUAUUGCAAAAUUAGUCAGUAAUAUAUAAGUAACCAUGUGAUCACCUGCUAGCAAUAACAUACUAAGAUCUGUGUAUAUACUUACUUUAAAGUAGAAGUAAUGCCAUAAUAACAAGCUAAUGUUGGUUGAUGUUUUAACAUAUUAGGAUACUAAUACAAUAUCAGGAUGAUUUAAUCAAUGUUACCUUUUAUCCUCUGCAUUCUCCUUUGUUUGAAGGUAACAAUGUAUUGUUCUUUUCUAAUUUUCAUGUAAAUUCCUACUUUUAACAACCACAAAUAUGGGACUGAAAAGGGAUUUUCUUUUAUGUAUCUGUGCCAACAAUAAUAAAACAACAGUGUUGCUCCACCAA